AUGGAGAAUUUGAUAAGCUUAGUGAACAAAUUACAAAGAGCAUGCACAGCAUUGGGUGAUCACGGAGAAGCGAGUUCAUUGCCAACUCUUUGGGACUCUUUGCCUUCCAUCGCUGUUGUUGGUGGUCAGAGUUCUGGGAAAUCUUCAGUUUUGGAAAGUAUUGUUGGCAAAGACUUCUUGCCAAGAGGAUCAGGAAUCGUUACUAGGCGCCCACUGGUUUUGCAGCUUCAUAAGAUAGAUCAAGGCAAAGAAUAUGCAGAAUUCCUCCACCUUCCAUCAAAAAAGUUUUAUGAUUUUGCUGCUGUAAGGAAAGAGAUUUCAGAUGAGACUGAUCGUGAAAUGGGGCAAACUAAACAAAUUUCAAGUGUUCCCAUUCAUCUUAGCAUCUAUUCUCCAAAUGUGGUGAACUUGACUUUGGUUGAUCUUCCUGGACUCACAAAAGUUGCAAUUGAUGGUCAAUCUGAAAGCAUUGUACAAGAGAUUGAGGAUAUGCUCCGUGCCUAUAUUCAAAAGCCAAACUGCAUUAUUCUGGCUAUUUCACCUGCUAAUCAAGAUCUGGCUACAUCAGAUGCAAUCAAAAUGUCACGUGAAGUGGACCCCACAGGAGAAAGAACUAUUGGAGUCUUGACCAAAAUUGAUUUGAUGGAUAAGGGUACUGAUGCAGUUGAUAUCUUAGAAGGAAAAUCAUAUCGGCUAAAGUUUCCAUGGGUUGGGGUUGUUAAUCGUUCACAACAAGAUAUUAACAAACAGGUCGAUAUGACUUCUGCUAGACGUAGGGAGCGGGAAUACUUCUCUAACAGCAGAGACUACAAACACCUGGCUCCAAGAAUGGGGUCUGAAUAUCUUGCAAAGAUGCUUUCAAAGCAUUUAGAAGGCGUGAUCAAAUCAAGAAUCCCAGGCAUACAGUCGCUAAUCAGCAAAACGGUUGCUGAUCUUGAAGCUGAACUUAGCCAUCUUGGAAAGCCUAUUUCUACUGAUGCUGGUGGGAAGUUGCUUCUGAUAAUGGAUAUUUGUCGGGCUUUUGAUCAAAUAUACAAAGAACAUCUAAACGGAAUGCGAUCCGGGGGAGAUAAAAUAUACCAUGUUUUUGAAAGGCAGCUUCCUGCUGCUCUUAAGAAGUUGCAGUUUGAGCAACAAUUGUCAAUGGAAAAUAUCAAGAAACUGAUCACAGAAGCUGAUGGAUAUCAACCACAUCUCAUAGCCCCUGAGCAAGGAUACCGUCACAUUAUUGAGUCUUCAUUAAUCACCAUCAAAGGCCCUGCUGAGGCCUCAGUCAAUGCGGUUGAUAUCAUACUCAAGGAGCUGGUUCGCAAGGCCAUCAGCGAGACCAUGGAGUUGAAGCAGUAUCCGAGUUUGAGAAAAGAAGUGGAGGGGGCUGCAAAUGAGUCGCUUGAAAGAAUGAAGAAAGAAAGUAGGAAGGCGACACUUAUGUUGGUUGAUAUGGAAUGUUGUUACUUGACGGCUGAUUUCUUCCGGAACCUUCCGCAAGAAUUUGAGAGGGGUGGAAACCCGACACAGUCCAUUUUUGAUAGAUACAAUGAUUCGUACCUUAGACGAAUUGGAGCAACAGUGUUGCAGUAUGUGAAUAUGGUUCUUGCAGGCCUGGUGAACUCGGUUCCAAAGUCCGUGGUUCACUGUCAAGUGCGUGAAGCCAAACGCAGCCUACUUGACCAUUUUUUUGCAGAGUUGGGUCGAAGAACACCAAUUCAGUUAUCAAAGUUAUUGGAUGAAGAUCCUGCGAUCAUGGAGAGGCGUUCGUCACUAGCAAAGAGAUUAGAGUUAUAUAAAAGUGCACAAAUGGAGAUUAGUAGUGUUUCAUGUCUCUACUUUCGUAACAAAAUCUCAGGGUUAGCAUACCAGUGA